AUGUUAACGAAACGCAGAGAGUCGUCAAAGUUUGGGGCUUACGGCUAUGAAUCUCAGGGAGUGUUCUGGCAAGAGGCCCUUGACGUGCGAGCUAAAGGGCCUCUGGAUGCGUGCGACCCUGAUCUUCUGCGCCUCCUGCGUGAGAAGUACCUGUCCCCGCCUUCAACCUCCGCACCAAACCUGAUGUUGGGCAAAGACAUCCAAGAUGAGAACAACUACAACGUUUACAGGACAAGUUUUCAGUCAUGGAUUAGGAUUAAUGGGAUCCUUAAAGCGUUGUUUUCGGACCAGCCUCCGGGUUUCUUCCUGGAGGCUGGAGCUCUAGACGGCGAGUUCAUUUCCAAUACUCUUCAUCUGGAACACGAGUUUGGAUGGACUGGUUUACUCAUAGAAGCGGAUCCUGUGCUUUACACAGCACUUACAGAUAAACACCGAAGGUCUUGGUCUUCCCAAAGCUGCAUUUCUACCAGUUCAUUUGCCGAAAUCCGGACUUUCGAAUCUUAUCGUCCGAAAGAUGAGAUCGACCUCGCGAAUGAGUUGUUGAUAAGAUCAACUGGUAACUUACAGGGCGUAAAGGCCCCUGCAGCCGGACAGAUGGGUUUGAAGGCCACCUACAGCGUGCAAUGCUUCCCUUUACUUUCAUACUUGCUAGCCCUCGAUAAAACGGACCUCCAGUAUGUCUCAUUAGACGUAGAGGGCGCAGAGGCUGACAUCCUCCUCAAAUUGCCUUGGGAGAGGGUUAACGUUACAGUCUGGACGGUGGAGCACCGUCCACAAAACACGGGUUUCAAAGAUCACUACCUCGAACCAGGAGGUGCGAAGUACAUCCAGAAGGCUCCAGCGUCUAACGUAAGUCGUUCGUCCUCUCCAAAGAGCGAGAAGGUGGUCUACGUGACUCAGCAUGACCCCGCUGGGGGCAAGGACGAUUAUUUCGUUCUCUUCAUGAGAGAGAAGGGUUAUAGACUUUACGAUUACUGGGAUGGCGACUAUACCUUCAUUAAGACAGAUUCUCCUCUUUGCCAGAAACAUUGCAAUGUUCUUGGAGACUACUAAAGGUUCAUAAAAGGGGAGGUUGGCUAAACAAAUCUACGUCACUGAAGCCGCUGCACUCUCUGUUCACCAUUUUAAUAUUAAACAGAUGCCUAUAAAAACGCCAAAAUAUAGAAAGAAAGUACUAUAUAUCAGAGACUGCUGUCUCUCUCUUCAGGUAGGUAAUGAAUGAGAAAAGUUACACAAUAGGAGGUAUUUAUACCAAGAGAUCCAUCCACAGUUAAGGUCUUUUAGGUCACUCCCACUGAUAAUUCCUCUUUAAUCCUCUUAAGCGUUUUUUGAAGGAAGAUUUCGCCUAUGACAUCUGAAUCUCAGGCACCCUUUGAUAUGCUCAU